AUGACAACACCGGAAGUCGCCGCUUCGCGCUCACUUCAUCAACAGCUUCGUCUCCACAUUUGCGACUUCGAGACACAACAAUGUCCAGAGAGAGGCGCAAAGAGAAAGCAGACAAGGCCCACGCCGAGGAGGAGGCCUCGAAGAGCGCAGGACAAACUCCAAGCUCCAUUUUGCCUGCUCUGACCUUUGACGAAUAUCAGUGCUCAGGCGAUGUGGAGGCUGACUUCCCGGGUCUCUGUGCUCUUUUGGACGUGAAGGAUAUCCCAACGGUCAUCACCAGGCAACCAGCCUCAUCCACCACGGACACUGAAGGAGCUUCAGAGGACAGCGAGUCAAAGUCAAAUGCUGCACCACCCUGGUCUACGCCAUGUCUCCAAGUGGAACUGGAGAAUGAAGAUCCCCUCAGCGCCAAGAAACUGAAGAUUUCGGGGUGGAAGGUAGAUGAGCAGAUUUCCAGAGUGAUACAGAAGAUGUUCCCCUCCUUGAGCAAGCUGCAGAGCCUUCAGUGUUGGCAGGCGGGACUGACGGACCGGAUGGUCGCCUCCCUCAUGGACACGGUGUCACUGUGCUCCAACCUCAGAGCCGUGACCCUGGAGGGCAACCAUCUCCCAGAGCGGAGCUACCACCUUCUCCUCUCUGAAGACAGCGUCCUCACCCACUUGUCCCUGCGAAAUAACCGCAUGGGAGACGAGGGCGCUCGACUCAUCGGGUCGGCGCUCUCAACGACCAAAUCUGCCAACAAGAACCUCUUGUCCCUCAAUCUGGCAUUCAAUUCUAUCGGCGAUGCCGGCGCGACACAUAUCGCACAGGGCCUGCGGUACAACCGCGGUUUGCUCGUCCUCUCACUGGGCAACAAUCACAUUGGAGACUCGGGAGCUGCGCAUCUGGCUGCGAUUCUUGGCGAGUUUGCUCUUACUCAUGAAGAAGUCGUUGAGAGGAGGAAGAUGCUUCUGGAAAGAACACACUCUGUUGAUGCCGAGCCGCCUGCUGACCGUCCUCCCUCAGUGGCCAGGAGCAGUUCACUGGGCAAAGGGGAGAACAAAGGCAAAAAAAGGGAAACUUCCAAGAAAGAUGAGAAACCAGCUGCUUCCAAAGAAAACCCAAAGUCCAAGAAGAAAUCUUCAUAUAUACGGACUCAAAGUAAAGGUGGCAAGCACGGGGGCCAAGAGAAACCUCAGAAUGCACAAGAGGUACCAGAGUCACGCUUUCUGAAGAGGUUCAAGGAUAGAUCGAGUCCCGCUCUGACCGAGCCGGGGGAGUCGGUGGAGAUUUUGAACCCCCUGCUGGACCAGCCGGUGCAGUACAGGGAUGGGGAGCUCUUUCUGCCUGGAAACCAGACGCUGGCCUCCCUCGACUUGGCAGGAAAUAGAAUUACAAAGAAGUCACUGCCUCUUUUCCUGACAUCACUCGAGAUGCAGGCGGAGGGAGGAGGCCUGCUGCGUCUCUGUCUGCAGAUUUCUGACUUGUCUUUUAGAGAAACCGCUUCCCACCAGAUUGUGAGUAUAAUGUGAAGAUAACGGAGCUGAUGACACUCAGAGACCCACUAAAAAAGAAGAGCUCCUGACAGAAGAGGAGGAACAGGGGGCGUGCUGAGAGAUCUAAUCUAAUUCUACAAACUGUAUAUUUUUAAUUUGCUCAAAAUCAUAAAAAAUAUAUACAUUUGUUUUGCCCUCUUUUGUGCUUUUGUAACACAUGAGAAGAACAAGUGGAAGUAAUAACAGAAACAGCCUCGUGUCUAUGAAAAGGAUGUGAACAGGAGGACAAUGUGCCACAUUACAUCAGAUGCUUUGCCCAGGACAGCCAAUUAUAACCAUGGUUACGGAUUCAUUUUACUGCUAUGUUUUGCUCAGUCUGAAUUUACAUCAAGGACAAAGACUGAACAGCUGGGUACCAGGUUCCAAGUAUACAGAUGAGCCAUUGAUUGCUAUCAUAUGUGACAAGCAUGUGACAGGUACUUGCUUUGUAUCUGGUUCCAACAGCGGUUAUUGGAUCAAUAUCACUGUUACUGGAUCAAUGUCAUUGUUAUUGGAUCAAUAUCACUGUUACUGGAUCAAUAUCACUGUUACUGGAUCAAUGUCAUUGUUACUGUAUCAAUAUCACUAUUAUUGGAUCAAUAUCACUGUUACUGGAUCAAUGUCAUUGUUACUGUAUCAAUAUCACUAUUAUUGGAUCAAUAUCACUGUUACUGUAUCAAUAUCACUGUUACUGGAUCAAUAUCACUGUUAUUGGAUCAAUAUCACUGUUACUUGAUCAAUAUCACUAUUAUUGGAUCAAUAUCACUGUUAUUGGAUGAUGAUCAAUAUCACUGGUAUUGGAUCAAUAUCACUGUUAUUCGAUGAUGAUCAAUAUCACUGUUACUGGAUCAAUGUCACUGUAACUGGAUCAAUAUCACUAUUAUUGGAUCAAUAUCACUGUUAUUGGAUCAAUAUCACUGGUAUUGGAUCAAUAUCACUGUUAUUGGAUCAAUGUCACUGUUAUUGGAUCAAUAUCACUAUUAUUGGAUCAAUAUCACUGUUAUUGGAUCAAUAUCACUAUUAUUGGAUCAAUAUCACUGUUAUUGGAUCAAUAUCACUAUUAUUGGAUCAAUGUCACUGUUAUUGGAUCAAUGUCACUGUUAUUGGAUCAAUAUCACUGUUACUGGAUCAAUAUCACUGUUAUUGGAUCAAUAUCACUGUCUCACUCCGCCAAGUGACGUCAUCAGAGACACCAGGAUGACCGCCCCUGAGCUCAAAGUAAACACCUGUACGUCCAGGUACAGAACGUGUCAGUCGGUAGUUGUUAUCAUUUGAACGGUUAUCCACCUUUGUGAAUCUCACACAGACAACCCCCAUCAAGGGAGGGGGCGUCACCCCGAGCGCGGGAGGGGGUCUGACGAUUCUUCCAAUAGACUCGCCUCACAUCUGUGUGAUGAUCCCGAUUCACGAGCGACGUCACAGCACAGCAUGUGACAAUGUUUCCAUGGUGACCAUGUCCGUUUCAAGCCAGCGCAGCAGCCUCCCCCAAGGUCCUAGUGCCCGGGGAUUUUACAGUGGGGGCAGUGCGUAGAACUUCACAUAUUACAAAAGUACGUGUACAUAUUUACGUUACGGUUAGGGCGUUAACUGGUUACGUGUAUUAAGUGCGUGUAUACUUUACUCGGCUAUCAAAAAUGUUCUUACGAAGUAACAGUUACUUGCAGGUUGAAAAUAAACAAUUUACUAGUUA